GGAACAACGCGUGAUUAGUAGGAUCAGAGCUAACUUCUCCGUAAACCCACUGAAAUUGAUGUUCUCUUCUUACCUUGAGAGGGAAAAUGGAGAUCGGCAGUUUGAGUUUGAAAGCGCUUUUCUUCCUCAUCUUCGCCAUCGCAAACUUGAUAUUAACCACAAUUUCUCAGCCAGACUUUUUUUAUCACUAUUGUUCAGACAAAGGCAACUACACCAACAACAGCCCUUUCAAGAAGAAUCUCGACACCGCACUUGCUUCAAUCUCCUCCAAUUCCAAUACCGACAACCGCCGGGUUGACUACGGUUUCUAUAAUGCCACCUCCGGUGAAGAUCCGGACACAGCCAACGCUAAGGUUCUUUGUCGAAAAGGCGUUCCCUUGGAACAAUGCAGAAGUUGCGUGAAUAAUUCAGUCCGUAGAAUUACACAAAACUGUCCAACACAGAAGGAAGGUGCAGGAUGGUACCACGAUUGCCAAAUUCUCUACUCAAACAACUCUGUUCACGAUGAGACAGACUUGCCCGUCACUUAUAUUGCACGCAACAACCGAGCGGCGCCAGAUGCGGACGGUUUCAAUGAGGAACGGGGAGAGUUACUGGAUCGACUGCGUGAGGAGGCUGCGUCAGGGACUUCGAUUCGAAAGUCUGCAGGCGGAGAUGUGAAGCUUAAAAAUCCGAAUACGUUUACCAUAUAUGGGCUUGUUGAUUGUUUUCCCGACAUGUCGUAUUUCUCUUGUGAGGUCUGCCUCAGUCGGCUUCAAAGUAAUCUUCCUAGUUGUUGUAAUGGCAGCUUAGGGGCAAGAAUGCUAGCAGCUAGUUGCCAAAUCAAUUAUGAAAUCCACCCUCUGUAUCAGUCACUUCUCUCUCCGCCUCCGCCUCCGCCUCCGCCUUCACCUCUGCCAUCAGCUCCUAAUCUCCCCUCUCCAACGUCGCCGCCGACAGGAGGAAAUAAUGGCAAUACCGCUAGAACUGUUAUAAUUGUUGCAGUGUCCAUUGUUUCAGCCAUCAUUCUCAUUGUUGGUAUUUGCAUGAUUCUGAGAUGGAGAAACAGAAAGCAGAAAAUCCCAGUAAGAAAAUAUGAAAAUGUUGCUCUUGGGGAUGCCAGUGAAGAAAUUAGCAGUGUAGAGACAAUUCAAUUUAAUUUUGAUGACAUUAAAGAUGCAACAAAUGACUUCUCAAGUGAAAACAAGCUAGGACAGGGUGGAUUUGGAGCUGUUUACAAGGGUAAGCUACCUAAUGGACAACAUAUUGCAGUGAAGAGGCUUGCACAUAAUUCACAACAAGGAGAUGUUGAAUUCAAAAAUGAAGUCCUUUUGGUAGUCAAGCUUCAGCACCGAAACUUGGUUAGGCUGUUGGGAUUCUGCUUGCAAGGAAGAGAAAGACUUCUCAUAUAUGAGUUUGUACCAAAUGGCAGCCUCGACCACUUCAUAUUCGAUUUUGUGAAGCGAACACAUUUAGGUUGGCAAAGACGAUACAACAUAAUAAAUGGCAUUGCACGAGGACUUCUUUACCUUCAUGAAGAUUCUCGUCUUCGAAUCAUACAUCGAGAUCUCAAAGCUAGCAAUAUUUUGUUGGAUGAAGAAAUGAAUCCAAAAAUUGCAGACUUUGGUAUGGCAAGAUUGUUUGAAGUAGAUGAGACUCAAGGCAAUACAAGUAGAGUUGUGGGAACUUAUGGCUAUAUGGCACCAGAGUAUGUAAUGCACGGACAAUUUUCAAUAAAAUCAGAUGUAUUUAGCUUUGGUAUUUUGGUUCUUGAAAUUUUGAGUGGCCAAAAAAAUAAUUGUUUUCGCAAUGGAGAAAAUAUGGAAGAUCUCGCGAGCUUUGCAUGGAAAAAUUGGAGGGCAGGAACAGCCACAAAUGUCAUAGAUUUAAGUCUUAGUGUUGGUUCAAUGAUCGAAAUGAUAAGAUGCAUUCACAUUGGACUACUAUGUGUUCAAGAAAAUGUAGCAAGUCGACCAACAAUGUCUUCGGUGGUUCUGAUGCUAAAUAGUUCAUCUCUCACUCUUCCUAUACCCUCUGAACCUGCAUUCUUCAUGCAUAGUACCACUAAUAAAUUAAACACAAUGUCAAAGUCAGAUGGGGUUGGUCAUUCUAUAACCCGCCCCAUCCAACCCCAUCCAACCCCAACCACGUCUCUUCAAGCUUCGGAGAAUGACGUUUCAAUUACAGAGUUUUAUCCUCGUUAGAUUGUCAUCACACAUGCGGGUAAAGUAUACAUGUUUUAGAAGUCGUUUUUGAGUUUGAGGAACUGUGGAUUUCCAUAUUUGAUGGAUUAUUUGUAUGUAUUUUUAUUGUUCAAUGGACCAUUAUCAACAGGAGUAAAGAAAACUUUGGUGCUAACUAGACUUGCACCUAUCUUUGUUCAACUCACCAAGUUAACCAAUUAAAAUUAGUUAUGUGGCAAA